AGGAUGAGAUUAUUUCCAUGGCUGACUCGACCACCACCAUCGAUGACAUCGAAGGGGAGCUCUUCAAAAUCGAGAGGAUUAGGGAGAUCCUGGUGAGGAGGGAGUCAGAGCUGCGGUACAUGAUGGAUGACAUUCAGCUUUGUAAAGAAAUCAGCCGGCUGAAAAAGGAGCUUCAAAAGCUCAUCGCGCUUCCAGAGAAUGAGAAGUCCAACGAGGAGAAACAGAGGGAAGAGGAACUGGUACAGCAGAUACAUAAGCUGGUGGAAACACGGGAUUUCCUGGUGGAUGAUGUGGAGUUUGAGAGGCUCAGGGAAAGGGAAGAAGACAAGGAAAUGGCAGAGUUCCUGCAAAGUAAGCUCUCCAAAAGCUACCUUCAGAAAGCAAGUCCUGUCAAAGAGAAGAAGAUGACUUCCAGAGGACAGCAAACCUCUGCACCAUAUGUGACCAAAACAGGCCUCACCCUGCUCAAGGAGUGCUGUGGCUUCACCUGUUCCAUCAUGUAG